GCUUGUUCUUUUCUUUCCCUGUCCAAAAGGUUCAAUCAAGCCCAGAUUCCUCUACAUAUUUAUUCUCUCUCUCUCUCAAUAUAUAUAUAGUCUCCGAUAGAUUUCUCGCCCUUGUCAUCUCUCCGAUCGACUUAUCGCCGGCCGGAGACAAUGCAGUCCAACGAAAUACCCGUCCACAGCGAGGACGAGCGGGAGCUCAAGCGAAACCACACGGCCCGAUACUACGCGCACCGGGUCCGGGAGAGCCUGACCCGAAGGGUGGUGAAGCUCAUCUGUACCAUAUUCUUAACCUUUCUCUUCAUCAUCGGACUCCUUGUUUUCAUUUUGUGGCUCAGUCUGCGCCCGCAUCGACCCAGGAUCCAUAUCCGGGACUUCUCGAUGCCGGGUCUGGCCCAGGCCAACGGCUUCGAGAAUGCCCAGGUGAGCUUCAAUGUGACGGCUCGGAAUUCGAACCAGAACAUGGGGAUUUACUACGAUGCCAUGGAGGUGACGCUGUACUACCAGGAUCAGAACAUCGGCGGGGCAUUGAUUGUGGGGUCGUUCUACGAGGAGCCCAAGAACUCGACGGCGCUUACCGGAAUUUUGAGCGGCGGCGCGACGCUGACGGUGAACAACCAGCGGUGGAUGCAGUUUCAGGCGGACCGGUCGCGAGGGGAGGUGAUUUUCCGGCUGCAAUUGACGUCGACCAUCCGGUUUAAGGUGGUGUCGUGGACGAGUAAGCGCCACAAGAUGCACGCCAGCUGCGCCGCCGGUGUUGGACCGGACGGCCUCAUAUUGGCCAGUUACAGAGAUAAGAAAUGCCCGGUUUAUUUCAUCUGAUCAUGUUUGCGGUUUUCUAUCCACGGCCUGAUUCUAUCGAUCAACAUAUAUUUUUGUGGAACCAUUUGUUAGA